AUGAUUCCCGUGAUUCAUGGUGAAUCGUCAAUAGUGCAGAAGACACCCCGCAGCGACGGAAGAAUGAUAGUCCGUGGGUCUAAAGGUCACGGGAGGAAACUCUUGGCACUCUUGGCAUCUGAUCGAACCAUCGUCAACAAACCAAACCUUGGAGCAUCCGCAACCUUCCAAAGGAAUCAGACGUCACGACGCGGCCAGACAGCGGCAAUGGGGGGCAUCAGACCGCAGGAAUAUACGACGGACGACGACAAAGCAGCAUUACUCCGUGCCACCUCCUGUGCUCCCGGCCAAUCCCCUGGCCCUGCGCUGUCCAACUUCGGAACCCUGCUCCACCCUGGUCUCGCCUAG